AUGCUGUUGAGUAGUGGAAAUCUCGUCCUAACAGACUCUUCAAACACAUCAGAAAUUUUGUGGCAGAGCUUUGAUCACCCCACGGAUACAUUUUUCCCAGACGCGAAGCUUGGAUGGGACAAGCUCACCGGUCUCAACCGCCGCAUUGUUUCUUGGAAGAACUCAAUCGACCCAGCUACUGGUGGGUAUCGUUACGAGUUAGACCAUAGUGGUGUUAACCAGUUAUUCGUUGGACCGCUGAGCAGCUCUGCACCAUAUUGGUACAGUGGUCCAUGGAACGGCAAAUACUUUGCCUUGGUUCCAGAGAUGGCACGAGACAUUAUUUGGAGAUCGAAAUUUGUCGACAUGGGCCAUGAGAAGUACUACACAUAUAGCUUAGUGCAAGAAAAGAGGAUUACUCGCCAUGUUAUUGACGUCUCGGGCCAAGUAAGGGUGUUAGUUUGGUCUGAGCGCUCACAGGACUGGCAGAAGGUCUUCGCCCAGCCAAGAAGUCCAUGUGAUGUCUAUUCAGUUUGUGGACCUUAUGCAAUUUGCAAUGAUAAUGUGGCUCUAAACUGCGACUGUAUGAAGGGCUUCACCAUCACAUCCCCCAAGGAUUGGGAAUUAGAAGAUCGAACCGGUGGGUGCUCGAGAAAGACUUUGUUAGACUGCAUUAGCAACAAAAGCACAACACAUACCACAGACAACUUCUACCCUGUGCCAUGUGUCGGGUUGCCCCGGAAUGCUGUAAAAGUAGAAGUUGCUAAAAGUGCGAAUGAGUGUGCACAAUUUUGCCUGAAUAACUGCUCUUGCACCGCGUAUUCCUUCAGCAAUGGUGGAUGUUCUAUCUGGCAUAAUGAACUGCUCAACAUACGACAACUACAAUGUGAUGGCAGCACCAAUUCAAAUGAAGAAACUCUUUACCUUCGCCUUUCUGCUAAAGAUAUUCAAAGUUUGGAAAACAACAGAAAAAGGAUUGUCAUUGGAGUUGCAACUGGUAUAGGCAUUUGUGCUCUAGGCUUAUUCGCACUCAUCCUCCUAGUAAUGAUUUGGAGAAACAACAGGAAAAACUCUGGCCGCAUACUGAAUGAUGCUCUAGGUUGUAAUGGAAUCAUUGCAUUUAGAUACACCGAUUUACACCGUGCAACGAAAAAUUUCACAGAGAAGUUGGGGAGAGGCAGCUUUGGUUCCGUAUUUAAGGGGCUUAUAAAUGAUUCAGUUUCCAUAGCAGUGAAGAGGCUUGAUGGUGCUUAUCAAGGAGAGAAGCAAUUCAGAGCCGAAGUGAGCUCGAUUGGAGCUGUUCAGCACAUCAAUUUAGUUAAGCUUGUUGGUUUCUGUUGUGAGGGUUCUAGGAGAUUGCUUGUUUAUGAAUACAUGCCGAACCUCUCUCUUGAUGUCCAUCUAUUUCAAAACAAUUCCACUAUGUUGAAUUGGACUGCUCGUUAUCAGAUAGCCCUGGGAGUUGCCAGAGGGUUAGCCUACUUGCAUGAGAGCUGUCGAGACUGCAUCAUACACUGUGAUAUUAAGCCAGAAAACAUAUUGCUUGAUGCUUCAAUCCUCCCAAAAAUUGCAGACUUUGGGAUGGCAAAGCUUCUAGGAAGGGAUCAUAGCCGAGUCUUGACUACAGUCAGAGGAACCGCAGGGUACCUUGCACCUGAAUGGAUUACUGGUGUUCCUAUUACACCAAAAGUUGAUGUUUAUAGCUACGGGAUGGUGUUGCUGGAAAUAAUAUCUGGAAGGAGGAACUCGUGUGGACCAUGUACGAGUGAUGGCAACCUUGAUGUUUAUUUCCCCGUGCAUGCCACACAUAAGCUUCUUGAAGGAGACGUCGAGAGUUUGGUGGAUCAGAAGUUAGAUGGUAAUGUCAAUCUGGAUGAGGCUGAGCUGGUUUGCAAGGUUGCAUGCUGGUGCAUCCAAGAUGAGGAGGUUGGUCGACCAACAAUGGGACAGGUGGUUCAGAUUCUUGAGGGCCUAGUUGAUAUCAGAAUGCCCCCAAUGCCAAGACUACUUCAAGCUAUUGGUGGAAGCUCACACUCGACGCACGCAUAA